AUGCAAAGUGGAAACAAUACAAUGAAUUAUCAAAAUUAUGGACUUAAAAUUGGGUUUCCACCAGGAGGACCAGUCAGAUACAAAAUGAUGAAGUUUACAGAUUAUAAUAUAACAGUAAAGGAAGCAAUUAACAUUAUAACGACUAAACAAAUUAUACCAAAACCAGAAAUUCAUGUAUUACAAAUUACAUACUCUGAAGGUGGCAGUGAACAACCAAUAAACACAAGUACAGGAGGAGGUAGUACCAACAGCACACCAUUAUCAGGUUCCAUUGGCAUGCCACCACCACCAUCAUCAUUGAAUGAUUCAAACGAUUUAAAAAAGUCAUCAUCGUCUGGUGUUGUUUGUAUUAGUAAUAGAAAAAUUAAAUGGAUGGAAGAUAACGAAAGAUUGUCAUCAUAUCCACUCAAUGCUCAAGAUGUAGUUAUAGAAUUAAAAAAGAAAUACCAAUUAGUUAAAGUACACGAUGGUAAACAAACACUCAGUAUUAUCGUUGAUGUUACAAAACCAUUAAUAGAUUUAAUGGGUUUGGUAUCAUGUAAAUUUAAAUUAAAAUCAAAUGGUGAAUAUAGAUUAUUCACUUCAGAAAUUAAUUUAAAUUUUGAUGUUAGAAGUUUAAAUAUUGAUACAUCAUUGCCAUUUAUAUUAAGAGAUGAUAACGAUUCAAAUGCAAUUCCAAUUGACCAAUAUCAAAAUUGGGAAAGUAGUGACGAUGAAGAAAAUGAUAUCAAUAAUAAUUUGUCCGUACCAGCCAAGUCAAUCAUCAAUCCAGUUAAAGAAGGUUAUUUAAAGAAAUUGGAUAAAAAGAAAUCAUGGAAAACUAGAUACUUUAAAUUGACCGAUAAAUAUCUUUAUUGGUACAAAUCUCCAACAUGUGUUAAAGCUUCUGGUAUGGUUAUUUGUAAAGAUUAUCACAUUAAAUUAGCACCAUCGACUCAUACAAAAGAAUAUAAAUUAGAAUUAACUCCAAAAAAUAUUGUAGCAGGUGCAACUACUAUAAUUCAUUUUAUUAAAUUUGAAAAUGAAAAUGAAUUAAAACAAUGGUGUGUGCCACCAAUUGUAUUAGAAUCAACACCAGCAGCAACACCAAACCAAUCAAGAUUUGCUAAUAAAACCAAUAAAAUAUUUGGUGUACCAAUUGAAAAGACAAUUCAACCAGGUCAAACAGAUAAUAUCCCAAUUAUUGUUUCUCAAACAAUGGAUUAUAUUGAAAAGAAGGCUAUGGAUAUAACAGGUAUUUUCCGUUUAAGUGGUUCGGCAACUACCAUCGAGGGUUGGAAAGCUAAAUAUGAUAAAGGUGAAAAAGUUGAUCUUAAUCAAGAAACUGAUCCACACGCUGUCGCUGGUUUAUUAAAGCUUUACUUUAGAGAGUUACCAGAUCCAUUGUUAACCUACGAAAGAUAUGACAAUUUUAUUGCUGCUCAGUGUGUAGACGACUUCCCAUCAAGAAUAAAGUUAAUUAAACACUUGGUUAAAUCAUUGCCACCUGUUAACUAUGCUGUUCUUUCAAAAUUAAUGGCAUUUUUAGGUAAAGUUGCAACUCAUUCUGCAAAUAACAAAAUGCAAAACCACAAUCUUUCUACUGUUUUUGGUCCAAAUUUAAUUAAAGAUCGUCCUAAUGAAAAUGAUGCAGGCGGUAAUAUCCAGGCUUUAGUUGAAGAUACUCCAACCAUCAAUGGUUUAACUUUAUCAUUAAUUAGAGAUUAUCAAUAUAUUUUCAAUGAUAAAGAAAUACCAGAACAAGUAAUCUCUGCAAAAACAUUAUACGAAUAUUUAGGUAAUGAAGAGUCAACAGAAGAUGAUCAAGAUUUAAUAUUUCCAAAAGGAGUUAUUAUUAAAGUUAAACAACAAGGUACUGAUGGUUGGUGGACAGGUGAAUAUCAGGGUAAAUUAGGUAAAUUCCCAGCUUCAUAUGUAGAGUUACUCCCACACUCACAAUCUCCAUCUACAUUACUUAGAACAAAAUCCAACUCAAAUUUAUCAAAGAAAAAGAAAUUCAUGAUGGAGAUGGAAUCAACAAAAUCAAAGAAUCAAGAUUUGGAGAAAAACAAUAAACAGCUACAAAUUACAAAAAAAGAAUUACAAGAAACCAUUUCAGAUUUAGAAUACGAAAUGAGUCAGCUUGAAAGAGAUCCAUCCAUUUUCCCAUACUUAUCUCUUUUGAAUGACUGUAAAGCAAAUAAAGAUAUCUCUUUAAUUCCAAAGAAUACCGAUCUUUUACUUCAAAAGUUUGAAGAGUACAAAGCUAGUAAUGAAGCAUUAUCAAAUCUCAAAUCCACCCUUAUCGAAGAAUAUGAACAAUUUAGCAACAAUCCUAAAAAGAGAUUAGAAUCUAAAGAAAAAGAACAACUCCAACAAAAAUAUGAUAGUUUAUCUUCAAUUAUUGAUAAAUCUCAAAAAAUUAGAUCAAGAAAAAAUGAAAUUUUAAAAGCUUUUGAUAAAAAAUUUGAAGAUUUGAAAAAAUUUUCUGAAAAAUUUAUCAAAGAAAUUUUUAAACAAAAUAUCUAUGAAGUAAAUAAUAUUGAACUAAAUAAUAUAGGUAUAUUUGGCAAUAACAGUAAUGAUUAUUAUAAUAAUAAUAAUAAUAAUAAUAAUAAUAAUAAUUAUAAUAAUAAUAAUAAUAAUAAUAAUAAUAAUAAUAAUUCCACCACAACCACUAUUACAACUACAACUACAACCAAAAAUAAUAAUACUAAUAAUAACAACAUUAACAACAAUAACAAUAAUGAAAACCAAAUUCGAUAA